AGGUAAGGCUCCCCAAAGUCUCACCUGUGUCUCUCUUCCCAGGUCUUCAAGCAGCUCAGCGUGGUAAGCUCUAGGGAUGUGGGGCCUGGGCCUUGGGUCUGGGUUGGGCCUGCGGUGAGGGCAGGACAGAGGCCUGCCAUCAGCCUGACCCACCUCUCUCCACAGCAUGUGGGCAGCAGGGCCCUGGCCCCCCUGAGCCUCAGGAAGGCAACACAAUGCCUGGUGAGUGGCCGUGGCAGGCCAGUGUGAGGAGGCAGGGGUUCCACAUCUGCAGCGGGUCCCUGGUGGCGGACACCUGGGUCCUCACUGCUGCCCACUGUUUUGAAAAGUGAGUUAUGGCUGGGAUCAAUCAGUGUUACUGGCCUUGGGGAGGAUGGCAAUUUGUUCCCAAACCCCACCAGACCAAUCCCUUCCCCAGAAUAAUGGAAGUACCAUUUAUCGAGACUAUGCCAUGUGCCAGGUACACAUUAUCAAGGUAAUCUUAACAACCUGUUAUAGUAGAAGCCUUACAAAUGAGAAAACAGGUUGGAGAAGGAAAGGCUUUGCUUAAAGCCACAGGCCGGUAUUUGCCCAUCUUUCACCUACCUUGUGCUGUCUCCCAUGAUGCCAUUGUCCUUUCCUUCUUUUGCCCUCUACACCUGGGCCUUGUCCCUCCCUUUCUAGGGUGGCAGUGACAGAACUGAACUCCUGGUCAGUUGUCCUGGGUUCUUUGCAGCAUGAGGGGCUGAGCCCAGGGGCUGAGGAGGUGGGGGUGACUGCUCUGCAGCUGCCCAGGGCCUAUAACCACUACAGCCAGGGCUCAGACCUGGCCUUGCUACAACUCACCCAGCCCAUGGUCCACACACCCCUCUGCUUGCCCCAACCCACCCAUCGUUUCCUCUUUGGGACCUCUUGCUGGGCCACUAGCUGGGAUCAGAACACUGAUGAUGUUAAGUACUAUCCCAGACUGAAGCCCAGAGAUCACUUGCCCAAGCUCACAACUUUGGCUGCCACUGUCCCUGCCCCCAGACCUGUCUCCCUUGCUCCCUGGAGCCCAGACCCUAGUCCCAACCCUCUCUUUUGCCAGCUCCCAGGACCCUAAGGAAUCUGCGCCUGCGUCUAAUCAGCUGCCCCACUUGUAACUGUCUCUACAACCAGUUGCAUCAGCAGCUACUGGCUAGCCCAGCCCAGCCUGGGAUGCUGUGUGGGGGCACCCAGCCUGGGGUGCAGGGACCCUGUCAGGUCUGAUGGGAGGACAGGGGAAAGAAGCAGAAGGGGAGGGGGCCUAGUCCGGGUCUGGGCACUCAAUCCAUAGGGAUGGGUGGAAGGGCCCCUGUUGGAGGGUGUCUGCCCAAAGCUGAGGCUCAGGCUUCUGUCCUUGACUCUGCUGCCCGGCUCCAGGGAGAUUCCGGAGGCCCUGUGCUCUGCCGUGAGCCUGAUGGGCAGUGGAUUCAGGCUGGGAUCAUCAGUUUCACAGCAGGCUGUGCCCAGGAAAACACUCCUGUACUGCUGACAGACAUGGCUGCUCACAGCUCCUGGCUACAGGCUCGAGCUCAGGAGGCAGCCUUCCUGGCCCAGAGUGCAGAGAUCCUGGAGAUCAGUGAUGAGGACAGCUGUGUAGGUAGGAGCAGGGGGUUGUCAGGAGUGGAAUGUGUGAGGAUACCCAGGCCUGCCUGAGGACUUCUGGGCAGCAGGUGGAAGCCACAGUGAAGCAAAUUUCAGACUGGAAUAGAGAAUUGAUACAGGGCAUCCACCCUGCAAGGAGCUAUCUAGGCAGCCUUUAAAGCCCCUUUCAGCUCUUAGGAUAGGAACAACCCCAUUUAGGGCUAAAAGGCACAGAUGCUUCAGAAUCUUAGGUGUUUCAAGUUUAGGUAAGAAGAGGAAUCUCUGAGAUCUGGCUAAAAGUUUUUGAGAUAAGCAGCAAGUUCCCAAGCAGAGACCUGAUGAGAUUGGACAAGGCAGGCCUCCUUCAAAAUUCUGGCAGGAAAGUGACUAACAUGCAAACUGAAUGCAAAACAAUUCCUGGGACAGAAGCAAUCUAUGUCUUGAUGGUAAGAGAAGCACUAGUAAGCCAGGACAUCUGGGACCAGUCCAAGCUCAGAGGGGUGCAAGACAGGUGGGGUAGGAUAACAAUAAGCUGGGCCACUCCCAUGAAGCUGGACCAUCAGGGUUAAAAGCUUAGGCCCUGGCUUUUGAAUCCCAAGUCAACUACUUACCUGUAGUCACGGAGCUAGAAAGUCACUUAACCUCUCUGGAACUUCAGUUACCUUUGGUAACAUGGGUUACCAAAGGCCUUGACAUGCAGUGAGCACUCAGUAAGAAGGCAGACGAUGUAAUCCAUGUUUCAGCUUGUGGAUCCUUGAGAGGGUCUCCAGGCAGGAGCCCCCUUCCCAUGGCCCUGGGAUGCCAGGCUGAGGCACUAGGGGAAGCUGGCCUGUGGUGGAGCCCUGGUGUCAGAGGAGGUGGUGCUGACUGCUGCCCACUGCUUCACAGGGUGAGCCCUGGCUCCCUCACCUUUGUGUCCCAUCCUUGCUGGCAAACUUGCCACCCAAUGCUGUCUCUGCACAGGCGCCAGACCCCAGAGGAAUGGAGAAUUGGGUUGGGGGCUGGACCAGAGGAGCGGGGCCUAAAGAAACUCAUCCUACAUGGGGCUUAUACGCACCUGGAAGGGGGCUAUGAUGUGGCCCUCCUACUACUGGCCCAACCCAUGACACUGGGCCCCAGCCUCCAGCCCCUGUGCCUGCCUUAUGCUGAUCACUACUUGCCUGAUGGGGAGCAUGGCUGGAUUCUGGGGCUGGCCCAAGGAGCAGACACCAGCUUCCCUCAGACAGUGCCUGUGACCCUCUUGGAGCCUAGGGCCUGCAGCCGCCUGCAUGCAACCCUUGAGAGUGAUGGCAUCCCCAUCCUGCCAGGGAUGGUGUGUACCAGUGUUGUGGGUGAGCCACCCCACUGUGAGCAAAGUGGCUCCCAAAGAGCAAGAGCCUCAACCCAGCCCCUAGCUACUUCUGCCACCUGUAGCUGCCUAGGGGUAAUAGAAAGUCAUCCAGUGUCACCUAAACCCUGGCAGGGCCUGUCUGGGGCACCACUGGUGUACAAGGUGAGAGGCACAUGGUUCUUGGCUGGGCUACACAGCUUUGGAGAUGCCUGCCAAGGCCCUACAAGGCCUGCAAUCUUCGCAGCCCUCCCCACCUAUGAGAACUGGGUCAGCAGCUUGGACUGGCAGUUCUAUUUUGCAGAGGAGCCAGAGCCCGAGACUGGAAGCUGCCUGGCCAACAUGAGUAUGUGACCCUGGGGCCUCCCUGCUGACCCUUCCCUCUCGGUCUAUGGAAAGAUCUGUUCUGACUGAACUCUGGCUGCCCUGGGUGAGGUGUAGUAGUGGACAGACCCAUCUGGAUUCAAGUUCUGUUUCUUCAUCAAUGUGUGACUUGGGGGCAGGCCCCUCAACCUCUUAAAACCAUAGCUUUCUCAUCUGUCAUGGGGGUUAAGUAGCACCUCCCUCCUCUUCCUUGGAGGACAGGGUACAGUUGUAAGAAUGAAGCCAACCCCACUCUCCUUCCUCUCC